GUAUGGGUUUUUGGUAUGGUGGAGAGGAAUUCCAAUACCAUUAUACUGUACCCUGUGGAGAACAGGUCAAAUGCCACCCUGAUACCAUUGAUUGAACGGCAUGUGGAGAAGGGCUCGACUAUAUAUAGCGACGGUUGGACAGCUUACUGUCACCUAAAUGACAUAGGUUACAAGCAUUUCUCGGUUUUGCACAAGUAUGCGUUUAAGAAGAAAUACAAAAAUAUGGAAACUGGAGAAAUAGUAUCUGUCCACACCAACCAAAUUGAAGGAGCCUGGAAGCAUGCCAAAGCCCAUUUCCGGAAAAUGCCCGGUACCCAGGCAAGCCAGUGGGAGGGACACUUGGCGGAAAUAAUGUGGCGUUCUGAGGUGAAAUUGAAGAAAUACGAACAUUUCUUCGAUCUGCUUAGAAGUGUCUAUACAUUGGAGGGUCCAGCUCAAUACCAGUACUCCACUCCGCUGUUCGAUUCGUGGCCGGGGCCGGUGAUAAACAACAUAGGCGAUUGGACCGUUGAACCCAACGUUACAGAUGCCAGCAGUAGUUGUAGUGACAGCAGCAGUGAAGAGGACGUUCUGCCUGUGGAUACUCAAGCUACACAGGUGCAAGAUAUAGGUUCAGAGCAACCUUUGAUAAUUUCGUCGGAUGACGGUAUCACUCCAGCGCAAAGAUCACAAGCAACCCGUCCUCGACAAAUAAAACCUGCUACAGCUGCGCUGCUCAGCGAAUUAUUUUCAGACAGUUCAAUAGAUGAACCCGUUCAAUGUUUGGUACAAGCGCCUAUGUCUUCCAAGAGCAACACAGACAUUACGACAACAAAGUCCAAAUCUCCUGCUGCUAGACCUAAAAAGUCUGUAGGACGGAAAAAGAACAAAACGGAUAAUGUGUGUCAUCCCGCAGGCUUUAAGCCAACAAAACAAGAAGGUAAAUCGCCGAAAUCGGCAAAAAGAACUCCAAAAAAUCCUUACAGCAAAUCCAACUAUAUGCUGUGGUCAUCGUCAGAUGAUGAUUUUCAAUAGUAAACAUUGAAGUGAACUAGAUCAUAAAUGCUAAGUAAGCAAAGAACGAUACCAGUAGAUCGCUUGUUACAUAGAUAAUCAACUGUGCAAAAAUAUGCAUAACAAAAUUCUACAAAAUAGUAGCUGUUAACUAUAUAUACUAUUGAUAUAAUUAUCAUACAAUGGAUACGUAACAAUUAAAGAUACAGUUUAUAAACUUUUCACGCAAAAAGCGGGAACAUUAUUAUUUACCUACAAUGUUGUCAUUGGUAACCAAGGAAUUCUGGGUAAGUUUAUUUAUAUUUUUAAACUUAUGCGCAUGCCUACAUUACGUAAUUUCUUGCAAGCGUCUGAUUGACCAAGAUUAUUGUAAACUACGGAGUGACCAUGACAUUUUUUAUUUUUAUUUUUUAAAAAAGGCAAAUGCCCCCAGGGGGAAAUGCCCGGAUAUUGUCAGCAAAUUUCAAACAUGUGAUAUCCCGGCAUGAUUUAUAAAAUCCUGAUAUUUUGAACCUGAUCACGAUUCCCCAUAUUACAGAUUAAAUUCCCGAUAUUAGUCACAGUGAAAAAAAAGAAAUUGUCAACGUAAAAGAUCAAAUAUACUGGUGCCUCAUAUUUCCGUGGUACCCAUAUUUCAAAGGUAUCCGGCUUAAACAGUCGAAAGUGCCUCCUAGACUUAAUGAACCUGCCAGUAGUUUUACUUGUAUUUUUAUCGAAAAUGUAACAUAUAGAACUAAAAAAAAAUUAUUUUAUUCAGAUAAAGAGCAAAGUUAUUUAAUAUUUCACCAUUUUUCUUUUGGAAGUGAGUCACAUACGACUAGCCAGGACUCACUGUAUUGUCUAGUCGUACGGCACUUUUCAAUAUUAUAUGGAACUCGAACAUGCAUAUCUUAUUUUGUGCCUCAUGAUUAUAUGGUUAAUUAAGCACAUGGAUCGAAUAAAUAAUGAUCAGAGUGGAAUAAAUAGAGAGAACAUUGAAAAAAAAAAACGGUGAAAAGCAAAAAUAAUUGUAUAAUUUUCAAAUACAGUAGAUAAAUAUCAAACAUACAUGUAAAAGCACAAUAAAUUAAUUAGCAUUUAUCAAAGCCUACCCAUGGACUGACAAUAGAAUUUUAAAAUGCGUUUCACGGAACAUGGAAACUUUCCUUAUAUUAACAAACUUCUAUACCGUCGGUAAUUGAAGCAAUUAUCAGAGCCCAACAACAAUAAUUUUCAUUUUUAUUUGUUUCAUUUUAAAGGUGUCGAAAAUUAAACUUAAUGAAACAAAAAAGGAUUAUCAUCAAAAUUUUGUAAACUAUUUCAAUUGCUGUUAUUUAACUGCGACCAAACGCUAUUUUUUCUCAACGUCUUCAGAUGACAAAGAUCAAUAUUCAUACUUUUUUUAUGCUCCCCGAAAAAUUUCGGGAGAGCAUUUAGUCGGCACCUUGUCCGUCUGUCCGUUUUCUUGUCCGGAGCAUAACUUGAAAACCCUUGGAGAUAAUUUGUUUAAACUUCAUACAGUGGUAGAGGGCAUUGAGGGGGAGUGCAGUGUCAAAAAACCAUAACUCUAUUUUGCCCGGUUUUUGAAUUAUCUCCCCUUAUAGAAAAAUCUUGUCCGAGGCAUAACUCUAAAACUAUAAGAGAUAUCAACAUGAAACUUUGUAGGUGAAUAGAUCUCAAUGGGUAGAUGUGCAGUGCAUAAGAACAAUAACUCUUUUUGUCCUAAUUUUGGAGUUAUUGCCCUUUGUUAAUUUCAACACUUUGAACUUUGUCCGGAACAUAACUCUAAAACUGUAAGAGAUAUCAAGAUGAAACAUUGUAGGUAGAUAGAUCUCAUUGAGAAGAAGUGCAGUGCAAAAAAAACAUAACUCUGUAAAGCCUCAUUUUUGAAUUAUCUCCCCUUAUAGAAAAAUCUUGUCCGGGGCAUAACUCUAAAACUAUAAGAGAUAUCAACAUAAACUUUGAAGGUGAAUAGAUCUCAGUGGGAAGAUGUGCAGUGCAUAAAACAAUAACUCUUUUUGUCCUAAUUUUGGAGUUAUUGCCCUUUGUUAAUUUCAACACUUUUUAUAUGCCCGAAAGAAUUUCGGGCAUAUUAUGUUAUACCCCCUGGCGUCCAUCCGUCCGUCUGUCUAUCCGCUCUCACUGAAAUGACGAUGUGGGGUGAAUAUCCAUGUUCAAUCCGUAUAGACGGUACUUGUGAGGAAAAAGGUUGCUUAUGGGGUGCAAAUACGUUGCUUAUGGGGUUUUAGAGAUCAAAGGAGAUCAAAGAAAAAAAACCCAUAAUGUCAACUCAGUAGGAACGUCCGUCCGUCCGUCCGUCCGUUAGAAAUUUGGUUUCCGGAGCAUAACUUAAGUUCCAUUUGGCCCACAACAUUCAAACUUCAUAGGAUGAUUGUCCAUAUUGGGUAGAAGACCCCUAUUGAUUUUGGGGUCACAAGGUCAAAGGUCAAGGUCAUUAUGACCUUAAAACUGAAAACAGUUUCCAGAGCAUAACUUAAGUUCCAUUUGGCCCACAGUGUUCAAACUUCAUUGGAUGAUUGUCUAUAUUGGGUAGAAGGCCCCUAUUGAUUUUGGGGUCACAAGGUCAAAGGUCAAGGUUAUUAUGAACUUAAAACUGAAAACAGUUUCCGGAGCAUAACUUAAGGUCCAUUUGGCCCACAGUGUUCAAACUUCAUAGGAUGAUUGUCCAUAUUGGGUAGAAGACCCCUAUUGAUUUUGGGGUCACAAGGUCAAAGGUCAAGGUCACUAUUACUUUAAAACUGAAAACAGUUUCCGGAACGUAACUUAAGUUCCAUUUGGCUGACAGUGUUCAAACUUCAUAGGAUGAUUGUCCAUAUUGGGUAGGAGACCCCUAUUGAUUUUGGGGUCACAAGGUCAAAGGUCAAGGUCACUGUUACUUUAAAACUGAAAACAGUUUCCAAAGCAUAACUUAAGGUCUAUUUGUCCCACAAUAUUCAAACUUCAGAGGAUGAUUGUCCAUAUUGGGUAGAACACCCCUAUUGAUUUUGGGGUCACAAUGUCAAAGGUCAAGGUUACUAUUACUAUAAAACUGAAAAAAAGUUUCCAGAACAUAACUUAAUUUCUAUUUGGCCCAUAGUGUUGAAACUUCAUAGGAUGAUUGUCCAUAUUAGGUAGAACACCCCUAUUGAUUUUGGGGUCACACGGUCAAAGUUCAAGGUAGCUAUUACCUCAAAACUAAAAACAGUUUCCAGAGCAUAACUGAAGUUCCAUUUGGCCCACAAUAUUCAAACUUUAUAGGAGGAUUGCUAUUUGAAGGAGGUAAUACUUUAUUUAAUUUAUGUAAUGUCUUACAAAUGCUUCAUCCUUAGUAAAGAAAAAAAGCACUUUCGGGCAUAUAAUGCUCCGCCUAGCGGUGCUCUUGUUGAAGUUGUCCGGAACAUGACUCUAAAACUAUAAGAGAUAUCAAGAUGAAACAUUGUAGGUAGAUAGAUCUCAUUGAGUAGAAGUGCAGUGCAAAAGAACCAUAACUCUGUUAAGCCUCAUUUUUGAAUUAUCUCCCCUUAUAGAAAAAUCUUGUCCGGGGCAUAACUCUAAAACUAUAAGAGAUAUCAACAUGAAACUUUGUAGGUGAAUAGAUCUCAAUGGGUAGAUGUGCAGUGCAUGAAAACAAUAACUUUUUUGUCCUAAUUUUUGAGUUAUUGCUCUUUGUUAAUUUUUACACUGAACUUUGUCCGGAACAUAACUCUAAAAUUAUAAGAGAUAUCAAGAUGAAACAUUGUAGGUAGAUAGAUCUCAUUGAGUAGAAGUGCAGUGCAAAAUAAACAUAACUCUGUUAAGCCUCAUUUUUGAAUUAUCUCCCCUUUUAGAAAAAUCUUGUACUGGACAUAGCUGUAAAACUAUAAGAGAUAUCAACAUGAAACUUUGUAGGUAGAUGUAUCUCAGUGGGUAGAUGUGCAGUGCAUGAGAAUCAUAACUCUGCCUUGCCUAAUUCUGGAGUUAUUGCCAUUUGUUUAUUUUUACUUUUUGAAGUUGUCCGGAACAUAACUAGGAAACCAUAAGAGAUAUCAACAAGAAACUUUGUAAGUUGAUAGAUGACAGUGAUUAGAAGUGCAGUGCAAAGAACAGUAACUCUGCCUUUCCUAAUUUUGGAAUUAUUGCACUUUGAACUUUUUCCAGGGACAUAACUCAGAAAACUACAAGAGGUGUACUUUCCUGUGUCCAAAACCUAUUCGGGGAGCAUCACCGGGCUCUUGUUUUACAAGGCGCUUAAUAUCUAAAAAGUAAACAUACGAAGACAAUUGCUGUUUCUUGGUUAAAAUCCUCGCUUAAAGUCAUAAAAUAACAUAUGAAUUUUCGACUUCCAUAUAAUUUUGAAAAUGCUGUACGGCUAGCCAAUACAGUGUGUCUUUCCUAGUCGUAUGUGACUCACGUACGGCUAGAACUUUUGGCUAGCUGUACGGGCCCGUACGGCUAGCCACUUCCUUUUCUUUUUAAAAAAAAUCUUUUUUGUUAAACAACCAUUGAGGUAUUUGAUAAAUGCCAAAGAGAAAAUGGCCCCUUUCAGAUGAGCCUAGGUAAAGGUGUACUUAUAAAUAAAGUUUACUAUUGGUUUUGCUUUUGAAACUGUUAAAAUGUAAUUGUCUUGGAAAUAUGAGAACACAAAAUUACUCACAAGGCAGCAGAUGGGUGUUAAUUACAAUGUUGUAUACAUAAUUGCUUACAUGCAAACAUUAAAUGGAAUAAACUAUGAUGCAAUUAACAUGUCUAUCCUACAAUAUUCACUGUGUUUUCCAGAAUUUUAUCCUCUUAACUUUUGUUGUUUGUGUUAAACAGUUAAGUACCAUGGAAAUAUGAGGCACCAGUUUACAGCACCUUACAAAAGUAUAUAAAAUGAAAAAGCACACCUCCGGGCAUUGAUUGUUAUCUGUUCAGAUUCUAGAUGAUAGGGGAUUAAAUAUUGUGUUGCUGAUUGACAGCAAGGUGACAUAAUAAACAGUUCCAUAGGAGGAAUGCCCACUCGAAGUUAUACUGAACAUUAGCUUAAGGUCUUUAGUGUUACUAUGACAUGACAUGAACGCUGAAGACAGACCCAUAGGGAAAGUCCGCCAAUAAUCAUGCCAGGAAUCUGACACGCUCUUAUUCAUUCAUUGAACAUGCCAUGAAGUAAAGUGAAGCAUACCUUGAUAAAACUAUGUAAAAUCUGUUAAUAAGCCAAGGAUGGACACAUAAACUUAUUACGAACAUAAACUACCUUAUAGUUUCCAAUAGGUAAAAAAAAAUUCAUCACUUUGCCGGCAUAUUGCCAAAAUGAUUGACCACAUGAUUAAGAGAUUGACCUUUACGGGUUAAUUUGCGUGGAUGGUUAUGAAAACAGAACCCAUGUGCUUCCAACUUUUUAUGCCCCCGCCAUGUAAUGGCCGGGGCAUAUAGUGUUACCCUGUUCCGUCAUUCCGUCCUUCCGUCCUUCCAUCCUUCCGUCCUUCCAUCCUUCCGUCAUUCUGUCAUUCCGUCAUCAUCAGUUUCCGUUCAUUAUCUUAAGAACGGUUGCACACAUUCAACUCAAAUUUGACAUAUGGAUAUGUCAUGAGAAAAAACAGGUCAAGUUCGAAUUUGGUCAUGGUUCGAUGAUUUUUGGCAGAGUUAUGCCCCUUUUACUUUGAAAAUAAUAUGAAAUUUCAGUUUCCGUUCAUUAUCUCCCCAACGGUACAACACAUUUAAGUCAAACUUGACAUAUGGAUAUGUCAUGAAAAAAUACAGGACAAGUUCAAAUUUGGUCAUGGUUAGAUGAUUUUUGGCAGAGUUAUGCCCCUUUUACUUUGAAAAUAAUAUAAAAUUUUCAGUUUCCGUUCAUUAUCUCCCCAAUGGUACAACACAUUCAACUCAAACUUAACAUAUGGAUAUGUCAUGAGAAAAUACAGGUCAAGUUCAAAUUUAGUCAUGGUUAGAUGAUUUUUGGCAGAGUUAUGCCCCUUUUACUUUGAAAAUAAUAUAAAAUGUUCAGUUUCCGUUCAUUAUCUCCCCAAUGGUACAACACAUUCAAUUCAAACUUGACAUAUGGAUAUGUCAUGAGAAAAUACAGGUCAAGUUCAAAUUUGGUCAUGGUUUGAUGAUUUUUGGCAGAGUUAUGCCCCUUUUACUUAGAAAAUAAUAUGAAAUUUUCAGUUUCCGUUUAUUAUCUCCCCAAUGGUACAACACAUUCAACUCAAAUUUGACAUAUGGAUAUGUUUUUGGAAUGCCCAGGCCAAGUUCGAAUUUGGUCAUGGUUCAAUGAUUUUUGGCAGAAUAAUGCCCCUUUCACUUUGAAAAUAAUAUGAAAUUUACAGUUUCUGUUCAUUAUUUACCCAACAGUGUUACAUAUUCAACUUAAAUUUGACAUAUGGAUAUGUCAAAGGAAUGGGCAGGUCAAGUUGGAAUUUGGUCAUGGUUUGAUGAUUUUUUGGCAGAGUUAUGUCCCUUUCUUUUUGAAAAUAAUAUAGAUACAUCUAAGGAAUAAGCAGUUUAAGUUUGAAU